AUGUUAUUUAAUAUAGUUGCAAGUGAUUCAGAAAAAUUGUAUGAAAAAGAGAACCCAACCUAUGAUGAGAUCAUUCGUUUUAUAAAGGAUCAAAUGAAUAUCGUUAGCCCUUUAUUAACAUAUAUAGAUGACGAUGGGAAAUCUUAUUAUGUGAAUUGUACAAAUGACAUAAAUGAGAUAAGAAAGAAACUGUCUAUAAUAAAGAAAGUGAAUUUGUACAUAGCAUUGCAAUCAUGGACUUGUGCAUUUUGUACAUAUGAAGAAAACACAGAAGAGAAAUGUGAAGUGUGUGGAUAAAAGAAAAAAUGA